CGAGGCCACGUUCGGACAUCAACAAGAAAACGUUUCAUCUAAAGCUACAUAUUUAAAACAAAUGUAAACAUUUAUAUUGCAUGCAGUGACCACAGAUGACACAUUUCUGAAAGGGCACUGGUACAAAACGCAUUUUGCACAGGUUGGCGCGUGAUCAUAGAUGGCCAGAGGCGGGAUGUCCGUCUGUCGUUUAGCUCGUAGGUAAUGUUGAAUGUCAGUGUGUCAACUUGAUAAAAUGCGCAUAUGCAGGUUAUAUUGUCGAGACGAUUUUAAGAACAAAAUACUAUUUGAAGUGAAAUAUUUACCUGCUUUUUUUUUUAAUACAUCAGCGGAGGCGCUGCGACGGCGGUCUUCAGUGUUCUUCCGGACUACAAAACACUGCUGACGCUCGUGUUGACGCUCGCGCCCCUGUGUUUUCUCCGCUGUAGUUUGUCGCAUGUUGGUCAGUCCAGAAACACAACGUCCUUCACCGGGAGUUUGUAAAAGUCGUCCUCAGUGACUCCCAGUGCUUAUAAUCAACCAUGGACGCGGUGUGUACGUCAAACGUGUCACUCAUGUAAACGUGAACAGUUUGUUAGUAAGUGUCAUAAACACUUGGAAGGACUAUGCACAACGCGCGUUAUCUCAUCUUCUUUCAAUACAUUGGAACAAAAUACGGGGGUGCAGCGAAAGUGCCCCAAAAUUGUGAGGUUAAAGGGAUUCAGAACUACUUGGAGGAUGCCAUAAGGAACCUGAUGCCCGUCAACCCAGUGCACCUGUCACUCUCCAGCCGGACAGACAAAGGUGUCCAUGCCUUCUCUAACUCCGCCCACUUCGACCUCCAACGCAGGAACAAUAGGAUGCCAUUCCCUGAAGACACUAUUGUUGAGGCUCUUAAUCAUUACCUCAAAUGUGAGAGGAUCAGGAUCAACCGUGCCAUCCGCGUGCCUGAUGACUUCCAUGCCCGUUUCCGUGCCCAGUCUCGGACUUACGUCUACCGGAUCGCCCUGGGAGUCCCGAACAGAGGUCUGCUUCCCCUCACAGACUGCAAGCUAUGCUGGGAACUCCACAAAACGGAGUUGGACGUGGCCGCCAUGCACGAGGCUGCAACCCUGCUGGUUGGGACUCAAGACUUCAGCACCUUCAGAGCCGUGAACUCCGAUAUAUCUUUUAGAAACCCUGUAAAGACGCUGGAUAUGGUCACCAUACAGCCAGGAGUCUCCUGCGCUCAGGCACACUUCCAGAGAGAGAUAUCAUUCUUGGAGCUGACUUUUAAGAGCAGAUCUUUUCUCUAUCAGCAGGUGCGGAGGAUGACGGGGGCCUUGGUGGCUGUAGGCCUGGGGCGGCUCGCAGUGCCCCAGAUGAAGGAGAUUUUGGAGGCCCGGGACACUCUUGCCUUCCCAAAAAACAUGACUGCUCCACCCUGUGGCCUCUUCCUCACCAGGGUUGACUACGAUGAAUCAGACCUGCAGCUUUCAAAACAGACAACAGAGGACCAGAUUACCUCAAGUGGAAACUCAGAGGAUUAAUUGUAUGUCACUCAUUUAUGUUGAUAGACAGUAUUUCCAUACUACUGUAUGCAAUGAUUGUAAUAAAAUUAAGUAUAAAGUAUUAAGUAUAAAUUCUUUUUUUCACUUACAUCAGAACACGCCAGCUUCACUUCAAGUCAGUGACCCCAGUAGGUGUUUUAACAAAUCUUUUUCCACUCUUACACAAAAAAGCAUGUGACUACAUACUGAUGAACAUCUACAUGUUCUUUUAAUUCAACAUAUUAAUACAUAACUGUGUCCAUGAACGCAGCUCAGCUACAGAAUACCACACACCUUGAACCUAUUGUUGUCUACACAUGACCUUCAGUUUACAACAAACUGGCUUUAAGCCGAGUCAGGCAGUAUUACUCCUAUGUAUACGUAUGAACUGGGUUUUGGUAGGUUCUUCUGACAAUUAUCAAACACGGUAUACAACAUGUGGAGAAGAGUGUUAAGUUAUAUUGCCCAAACUGCUUUGUGUGUCCAUGGCUC